AAUUUUCUAAUUUUUGAUCGUAGUCCUACCGAGUACGGUACGACUACGGUCCAAAAUUGGGGAGUUGAAUCAGUGAACAAAAGAAAAAACAACAUGUCGAUCUAAUUAAAUAUGUUUUAUUUAUCUUUCACCGCUCCCACAUGAAUCUUAACAUUCUAAACACGAAUCUAGAGGUCAUAGGCCGCACUACCUGUUACAUCUUCAAACAUUAAGCGAUCGUCUCGGUGUCAACACACCGCACAACUGGCUCCAUAAUAAAACAAUAUUCUAUAUCCUUGUGACAGUAAUUUUUUUUUUAAUGUACAAACGAAUUAAGUCGCGGAAGCUUUAGUUUUAAUUUUUAAUAAAAAAAAAUGCAAAUAACUGACCAUAAAUAAUAAAUAUAUGAACUUUAUAAACGUCAGGUCACGUACGUAAUCACAAGGUCGUACGUAAUUCAAUUAAAUAGAUCGUUAACAAACACGUGAAAAAAAAAACAAGAAAAUGAAGAUCACAAUCUUAUUAAUCAUGACAGUGGCGGCAAGAUCGUCGCAAGCGCAGACAAGCAUCGACGAUAUUGUGCGCAACGACUUCCACGGGCCCAACCCGGAUGGCACUUACAAGUGGGCGUUGCAGACAAGCGGUGGUAUAUUCCACGAGCAACGCGGUUCAUUGCAGACAGCGCCGGGUGAUGAGCCUAGUCUCGUGGUCGAAGGACAGUAUCAGUAUACAGCCCCCGACGGACAGGUCAUAAAUCUGCUGUACAAGGCAGACGAGAACGGGUUCCAGCCGCGGGGGGCGCACCUCCCCACCCCCCCGCCGAUCCCGCCCGCGAUCCAGAGGGCGCUCGACUUCUUGGCGACGAAACCCCCUUCCACUGAUGAGGAUUUUUGACGAAUAAAAAUUAAUUAAAAAUA